UGCUCUUCGGCCCUUCAACCAACCGCGAUUCCGUUGGAUGCAUCUACUCCGCAGCCUCUGACGACUGGUAUUCCAUCCACAGUUACGCAAGGACAUGAGCCUGUGCCGUUGGAUAGCCUGGAAACUACUUCGUUUUGCACCAUGAACACUGUACCGCAGUCACCGGGUGCAAUUAAAUGUUCACAUUUGGAAGAUGGUGCGUAUUCUCUUGGUUGUUUGCCCGACUAUGUCGUUUGCUCGAAUGGCAAGGCGACCGUAAAUCACUGCCCGAGCGAACUCGUCUUCUCGCCUUCAUCUGGCAUCUGUGAUUGGCCAGAGAGCUGUGAUACGGACAUACCCGCUGAAGAGGAGGCAGGUUGUCCGAUGGGAAUGACCGAAGUCUUAUUCGAUCCGGAUACAACGAUUCCGCAACCUGAUACGUCUGCAGAGACGCAUGCGUUCGAUUGCUCGAAUCUUCCCGACGAUACUUACGGUGGAUCGUGCUCUCGCGAUUACACAAAAUGCUCGAGUGGUCACGCGUCUGUCCGCUCUUGUCCAGCUGGUUUAGUGUUCGAUCAGAAUACGAGACGGUGCGAUUGGCCUUAUCAUUGCGGCAGCAAGGAACGCUCGCCAACUCAUACAACUGCAUCGGACGUCAAGUCUACUGUUAUACCAAAAUUCUGUUCGACUGGCUCUCGACAUGUGAUCACUGAAUGUGCCACCGUUUAUGUGGAAUGUGUACAAGGUUCAUGGCGUAAAAAGGCUUGUCCUGACCGCACCGUAUUCGACCCAACAAUUUCACAAUGUGCCUAUUCGGUACCUGGUUGUUCUGCAACGGCCGUCCGCCAGCAGCCUCAUCUCGUAUCCACAGUUCCACCUCGAACAAAAUCAACACUCAUUCCACAGUCGCAUGUAAUUCAACCACCAGAGUGUCCAGCCGGAGAGGUGAUACCGCGUGGUGAAUGUUUAGCAAGUUACCUGGAAUGCAGCAGUAGCGGAAAGUUCGUGUUACGUCGCUGUGAUGAGGGUUAUUUGUUUGAUUUCCGACUGAAAGUAUGUCGUUACUCAACACAAAUCUCAGAAUGUAUUUCACCGUCAUUCGAACCAACUGAGCUGCCACCAGUGUCAACUACAAUCGCUCCUCCAAUCAAAAAGCCUAUUCGCAUGACAGAUCACGUUGAUGACACAUUCAUAGUACCUUCGGCAAGAAUACCAUCGUUGAGUCUAUUCGUCAAAAUGCCACCAUAUGGUAACGCUUAUGAUGCUUUCGGACAUAAAUCUCACCUGGUGCCCUAUCCUCCACCAGAACCGGCUCUUUUAACUCGUGAUGUCUUCAACCUUCCAGCGGUGCUGCCGAUUGGCAGAACUGCAUUCAUACCACCUUGGGUAGUGCCUCCUCCGCCUAGCCAGCGAAUAUUCCCUCCUGGUGGACCACCUGCACUAGUUCGUGAUGCCUAUAUGGUUCCUUUGAAACCAGUUUAUUUCAAUCCUUUCCGAGUACCUUCUGUUCCGGAAAGAGGUGUUGAUACUUUCUCGGCGGUACCACUGCCAUACCGGCCAUCACCUAUAUUCCAGGUGUAUCCUUAUCCUCCAGCAACUGCUGACCCCACCACGACCGCACAACCUCCAUUUAGUGGUGGCGCAGUGGUUUUGAGAAAUACAGCGAAGUUCGGCCGGAAUGAUGAGGUAGGAAUUUCAAGGGAGUACAGUAGAAUAGAGCAGAGUGAAAUUGAAGGACAAGAGGACGAAACAAAACAGAAUGAUCAAGUGUCAGCACUCCGCCCAAAGCGAUCGCUUCACCAUUUUCGGUUCAGCCCAAAUCCACCAAGGCCACCUGAAGAGGUUGUAAGCCACCGUACACAUGAUGAAAUGCCACAAUUUCGAGGAAGUUCAUCUGAGGAACCUGAUGAGCUGGAUUUCGAUUGUUCCCAAAGAGAAGGCGCAACGAUUUCAUUGGGAUGCUCAGAAUCCUUUCUGAUGUGUGUGAAUGGAGAAACAAAUGUUUAUACGUGUCCAGAGGGACUUGUCUUUGAUAAGGUGUCUGAUUCGUGCAAUCAUCCAAUAGCAACUGGUGAAUGUGGUGACAGUGGCAAUUUCGAAUUGGAACAUGAGCAAGCAAAUGAUCCGCUGAUGCUAGUUCAGCACAUUGCUGACACAGUAAUGCAUCAACCCGAUUUCACAUCGUCGGAUCAAAGAGACGUCGCUCAACAGAACCAGCCAGGAGAAAAUCUUCCUAUCUACGAUCCAUCGUUGGAAUCUUUCAUUCAACCAGCUUACAAUUCAGAUAUAAGAUGUGCGUAUUCGGGUGCAUCUGCUGUUGCGAUCGGAUUCUGCCGUAUAGACUUCAUCGUUUGUCUGCGUGGUUUUGCACAUGACACAUUUUGUAUUCGUGGCUACUUGUUCGAUCAUAUUCUUCGCACUUGCAUGCCAGCGGCUGAAUGUGGACGUUGGCAAGUGCCAUUGCUGGAUCGAAAGAUGAGUGAUGACAAAGUGUCGAGAUAUUCGCAUCCAAUCUGUGCCGGUGUUGAGGAUGGCUCGAAGAUAGCAAUUGGCCCUUGCUAUAAUCAGUAUAUCUUAUGCAAUGCGGGUUCAGUGUCAUACCGUCAUUGCGUUAAUAUUGAUGAAGUUUUCUCACCGACUGUCGGUGUGUGCAUCCCCAAGUCGAAUAGUGGCGAAUGCGUGCGGGAUUCGACUGUUCAGUCUGAUGGUCGUACUCAAGUUAUUCACCGACAAGACCAGGACCGGAGUAAAAGCCAAACCGAGAAGCUUCAAGAACAAAUCAAUAAAGAUCAGAUGGCAAAUCAAGUGAACAGUGAUGAUCAUAAGCAAGAGAAAUUGGUUAUGCAAGGUCAACCAAUACUCUCACAGGAGACGGGUAACGGAUCCUCAUCGAGAAAUCAGUUUUGUUUGGUACGUGAAGAUGGAUUAUAUAGACAUCCGAAGAACUGCGCUAAUAUCAUUCAGUGUUUCGGUGGAGAGCAAUUCGAGUACGAGUCAUGUUCUCGUGGACUGGUGUUCAAUGAAGUGUCUGGUGGAUGCGAUUACAGAGCGAAUGUACCGGAUUGUGCCAACUAUAGUGCUGCUACUGCCACUGCAGGGCCGUCAUCGGAUAACACUGCUACAGCAGUAAUAGCAAAUUUAGGUGGUGCAUCAUCAUCCACAGAUGAUGGUUGUCGAGGCAUUUCGCAUGGUGGAUUUUUGGUGGAUGAACGGGACUGCUCUCGAUACUACCGUUGCGUUUGGGGCAAACUGGAACCGAUGAGGUGUCCACAAGGAACAGUCUUCAAUACGCUUCUGAGCGUUUGUGAUUAUCCGAGCGAGACGGGUUCGAGCUGUGGAACAACUUCGGUUGCACCCACAUUGGCCGUUGCACCCACAUUGGCCGACAGUCUUGACAGCAGUGAUGAUUUCGGCACUUUCAUGCUCUGA